CUCAUGUCACAUGCCCCUGAAGGCGAAGGCAUCCGUUUUUAUUUCCUGCCAGCUGAAGGGAGGAAUUUCGACCUCUCUGGGCAAAGUAAACACUAGCGACACACGUUAGUCGCAAUAUUUAUAUAAAUACACGUAAGGCACUACUGUGUCAAAGAUGGGAACUCGGGACGAUGAGUACGAUUAUUUAUUCAAAGUGGUUCUGAUCGGGGACUCGGGUGUGGGGAAGAGCAACCUGCUGUCCCGUUUCACGCGGAACGAGUUCAACCUGGAGAGCAAGAGCACCAUCGGGGUGGAGUUCGCCACACGCAGCAUCCAGGUGGACAGCAAGACGAUAAAAGCGCAGAUCUGGGACACAGCCGGACAGGAGCGAUAUAGAGCCAUCACCUCAGCGUACUACCGCGGGGCAGUGGGGGCGCUGUUGGUGUACGACAUCGCCAAGCACUUGACAUACGAGAACGUGGAGCGCUGGCUGAAGGAGCUUCGUGACCACGCAGACAACAACAUCGUCAUCAUGCUGGUGGGCAACAAGAGUGACCUGCGCCACCUAAGAGCCGUGCCCACAGAUGAGGCGCGGGCCUUCGCAGAGAAGAAUAAUCUCUCAUUCAUCGAAACGUCUGCCCUGGACUCAACCAAUGUAGAGGAGGCAUUUAAAAACAUCCUCACAGAGAUUUACCGCAUCGUCUCACAGAAGCAGAUCGCCGACCGCAUGGCCCACGACGAGUCUCCCGGAAACAAUGUGGUGGACAUCAGCGUGCCGCCCACCAGUGAUGGACAGAGAGGCAACAAACUGCAGUGCUGCCAGAACCUGUGACCUCUGACCCUGUCUGGACACCCUAAACCCCAAAUCCACCUUCCGUUGCCCCCUCCUGAUUUCUAUAUAUACCCUCAAUUAUCUCUCAAGUUUUGUCUGAACAGAAAGGCCCCAACUUUUGUGUGUCCCUGUUUGCCCCCCCUGUGCAAGUUCUUUAUACGUAACAUUCCUCAACCAUUUUUUUUUGUCCUUUUUUAAACCAUUAUGUUCCAACCACUAUAACAAUGUAUGUGAGUAAUGGGAAGAUUUGCACUGAUCACGUGACCUACUUCUCUGUGGGGAUUGGUUGGGGGAUCUGUCAGUCUGGAGGCACUGGCCACUCAGUAACAUUACCUGGCUUCCCUAGCAAGAGCACACCUUUAAGGUGAGCGAGACAUACUCAAACAGUGUCUGAGUAACUUUAAUACGUUACGGUUAAUCUCACAGGUAACAUUUGUCACAGGUGGACCUUUCCAGAAUGAUUUACUGUAAAGGCAGCAGCACACAUGGGCAGCUUGCUGUAGUUCCUUAGUAGAUCUACUUUGCAGUUACACAUAUGCGGUGACUUUGGUAAUGUUACUGCAGGGCUGGGUUUGUCACACUAGUUAAGAUUGACCAUGUUAUCCCCAAAUUAGUAGAAAUACCUUCUUGCAUGCCUGCAGAAUAUGUUCAUUCAUCUGUUGUGCAUCUAGUUGGUUGGACUGAUGUGGACGUGACCAGCAGCCUGGGGGCGAAGCCCGGGUUCAGCUCUCAGGGCCGGCCUGGGGCCUGUCGCUUCUGGUGCUGAAGCUCCUUUGGGGCAUGACAGUGGGCUUGGAGAAGAAACUUCCGGAAGGAUUUCACCUAGCAUAAAACUGUCUUGUUUUCAGUAGAAGUCUUUUAUGAUAAACCCACUGACUGUUCUGCCUGUAGCUAGUAAAACUUAACCCCAAGUAAAAGUAGGUUCUGCUGGAUGAAAUUGUGGUGUGGCUUUGAGCCAAGAUAAAUCUCUUCUGCUUGUAACCUUUAAGGUAUGUCCUCUGCAUGUGGAGAAACUGUUCAGUCACAACCUUAAGGCUUGGUGCUGUGUGCUUUUCAAAUGCUUCGCUGAGAGACCAGAGAUGCAGUAUCGCAUGAAUGGAACGUCGCUUUCUGUGCCUGGCUCUGUAAAUUCAGAAGAUGGCCCUCGUCCCACAUGGAAAAACUGCACAUUUAUAUACUAAGAAGGAUGUAUCUCCAGCGUAUUUCAUGUCUGUAACUUGGCAGAUCCGGUCUGUAGUAAAUGCCUGUGUCCUAUGCACCUCGAA